AUGGCGACGAGAGGCUCGUCGUGGCUUGUGCCGGUGGCCGUCUGCGGCGUGGCUGCUGCUGUUGGCAUCUUGGCUGUUUGCUCUCUGCGCCGUCGCACCGUUGCCGCCGUAGCGCCUGCCUUCGCAUACACGUGGAAGAAGUUGCCCAGGGAAGCUUAUUGCUACAAGGUGAACAAGCAGUGGAACCGGGACACCUUCCCCAAGGGUUUCCUGACCGCUCACAACACAAAGGUCGGGGUCUGGGCAGAGCUGACGGUGCUGAGCGGCCAGCUCCAUUUCCACAUCCUUGACGGCAAGACAGGGCUUACACUUGCUUCUUGCGCCGUAGGUCCCGAGGAGCGCGCGGUGGUGGAACCGCAGCAGUAUCACAGGGUGGAGCUCGCGGGCCCGGUCGAAGCCGUCCUUCGCUUCUAUCGACUGCCCGAGCCUGAUGGCUCCAAGCCCCUGACGACACCGGCGGCCGAACAAUGA